CGGACGCAAGUCCGCCAGUCGGCUCGCUCGUGUGUUCGGGACAUUAUCCUCAUUUCUGAGCGUCUCAGUCUGAAUGAUGCCGUCGCAAAAGUUGGUUUUCCUUCCCGAUCCAGACAUAGCGAGGAGCUGCUAUGUCAGCGACAAUGCCCAGUACAAGCAGAUGUACCAGAAGUCGAUAGAAAACCCUUCCGAAUUUUGGGGUGAGAUUGCCGACAAUUUCUACUGGAAAAGGCCAAUCGAUUUCGACAACUUCAACCGGUUCAAUUUUGACUUCAGGAAGGGUCCCAUUUUCACCAAGUGGUUGGACGGCGCCACCACCAACAUUUCCUAUAAUCUGCUGGAUAGGAAUAUAAGGAAUGGUAACGGGAAAAAAAUUGCGUUCUUUUGGGAAGGCAAUGAUCCCAGGAAUUCCAAACAUAUCACAUAUGCGGAGCUUCUGUCAGAAGUAUGUCGCUUUGCCAAUGUCCUUAAGAGCCGCAAUGUACAAAAAGGAGAUAGGGUAGCGAUUUAUAUGCCAAUGAUCUUGGAAGCUGUUAUCACAAUGCUCGCCUGUACAAGAAUAGGAGCAGUCCAUUCCUUAGUGUUUGCAGGAUUUUCAGCUGAUUCCUUUGCCGAAAGGAUAACUGACUGUCAAGCACGCGUCAUGGUGACUGCUGAUGCCACUUGGAGGGGCCAGAAACUGAUCAAACUGAAGAAUAUUUGUGACGAAUCCAUGGAUAUUUGUCAGAAGAAAGGCCAUACAGUUGAUACGUGUAUUGUUGUGGCCCAUAUGCAAAGAAGUGAAUUGCCUACUGGAGUCUCAAGAGUUCAAUACACGGCUCCCAUGCUGAACUGCAGAGACUUCUGGUGGCAUGAAAUAGUACCUGGGGCUUCCGCAAACUGUCCACCAGAAUGGAUGCAAGCCGAGGAUCCAUUGUUUUUGUUGUAUACCAGUGGUUCAACAGGAAAACCCAAAGGCGUUCUUCAUACAACUGGAGGCUAUUUAUUAUAUGCUGCAACUACCUUUAAGUUUGUGUUCGACUAUAAACCAGGAGAUAUUUAUUGGUGCACAGCUGAUAUAGGGUGGAUCACAGGCCAUACUUAUGUAGUUUACGGACCUCUAGCUAAUGCUGCAACAUCUGUGAUUUAUGAAGGAACACCAUUUUAUCCCACAAAUAGCAGAUACUGGGAAAUAGUCGAAAAAUAUAAAGUAAACCAAUUCUACACAGCCCCUACUGCAAUAAGGACACUUAUGAAAUUUGGGGAGGAUAUCGUAAAAAAGAAUAACUUAACAUCUCUGAGAAUUCUUGGUUCAGUCGGUGAGCCUAUCAACCCUGAAGCCUGGCUGUGGUACUAUAAAAAUAUUGGAAGGGAAAAAUGUUCUAUCGUAGAUACCUACUGGCAAACUGAAACAGGUGGACAUAUUAUUACACCUCUUCCUGGAGUGACUGCUAUGAAACCAGGUGCAGCUUCCUCUCCAUUCUUUGGUGUUCAACCUAUCUUAUUGGAUGACAAUGGCAAAGAGAUUGAAGGGGAAGGUGAAGGAUAUUUGGUCUUUUCCCGACCAUGGCCUGGUAUAAUGAGAACAUUGUUCAACAAUCAUGACAGAUACGAAGAAACGUACUUCAAAAAAUUCCCUGGGUACUACUUUUCCGGAGAUGGUGCUCGAAGAGAUUCAGACGGCUAUCUUUGGGUGACUGGUAGAGUGGAUGACAUGCUCAACGUAUCUGGGCACCUUAUGUCAACAGCCGAGGUGGAAUCAGUACUUACCGAACACAGUUCUGUGACGGAAGCUGCAGUUGUUGCUAAGCCUCAUCCAAUCAAAGGAGAAUGUUUAUAUUGUUUUAUAACAAUAGCAGAAAACGCUGUAUUCAACGAUCAACUCCAAACAGAAUUGAAACAAUUGGUGAGAGAGAGAAUAGGUCCAUUUGCCCAACCUGAUGUCAUCCAUAAUGCUCCUGGACUUCCCAAAACGAGAUCUGGUAAGAUAAUGAGGAGGAUUUUGAGAAAAAUUGCCCAGGAUGAUCAUGACAUCGGUGAUAUCAGUACGUUGGCUGACAGUGGAAUAGUAGAUGUUCUAUUCAAGACGAAACCAAAUACACAGAGAUAAACUAUGAGCUAUAAAAUAUUAAAGCUGUAGAUAUGAGCACAGCCAUGCGGUAUAAAAUAUUCCCAGGCUUAAAAAAAAAUAGAGAAAUGCACAUUAUGAAAGAAGAAAUACUCAAAUGAAAAUUUUCAGGCUCCAAAAUCUGUCUGUUUUAUCAUGGCGUUUUUUUAUAGAAGAACCAAUCGCACAAUCUUAUCCGUCUACUUGUUCAGCUCUGUUGUGUGAGGUUAUAGCAUAUUGCAUGUACUGUUGAAAUCGGUACAAAUAUUUAUUGAUUUUCAUCUUGUUGAUUUCUUAUGGUUGUACAGUAAAUUUGUGUUAAGUAUAAUAUGUUACCAA